UCAAGAUAAUGUUUUGAUGAUAUAUCAGUAAUAAUAUCAUAAUUAAUUAUAUUUUAUGAUUUCAUAGUGUUCUUAUCAGAUGCUUUUCUAACAUUGAAUAAAUUUUAUACAUGUUGAAAUGAAAUACACUAAAUCAAUUUUCUCCGAUUCUGGUGAACUCUAUUCUUGGUACUUGGAGGGGUCUACAGUAUAGAGCCCAUUUAAUAGUUUGAAACCAUGUGCAUCUAUUUGAGGAGAAGCUCUUCUUCAAUGUGAUAUCUUAGGAUUAAAUUCAUUACAUGAAAAGUACAAAACAAAAUUAGAUGUCUAUGAAUGUAAGAAUGCUUUCCAUAUUUAAGUACCUUAUUCCAAGUGCUUUUACGUUGUAAAUCCAGUACGAAAUUCAUGAUGAGCCACUCUCUUGCUCACAUUAAAGAACAAGAAGUUAAAAGGAUUUUUUUUUUUGUUUUUUGGGGUUUACUUUUACUGAACUUUAUUUUCAUCAUAUUAAGUUGCCUGAUGGCUGAUAUUGCCAUCUGGAGUUUGAUGGGAAACUAAAUCACUGAAUGAUGUUUUCAGGAUUUUGCUUAUUUCAACAGCUAGGCUGCUGGAGUCUUUUGAGAAUGAACUUUCUGACAAUGUCAAACUUCAAUCAAAAUAUUUUCGGAAUAUCAUAGAAUUUUGUUCUUACAAGACACUUCUUGUGAUAACUAAACAACUAGAACUACUUGGUAACAAAUCGAUUCGCCGCUUAAUGUUUGAGAUGAUGCUUGCAUGGGAAACCCCAGACACAGAUAGUGAAGCUUUGCUACAAGAAUCUUCCUUCUGUAAGUAUCCAAUAAUUGAGGAGGAUGGUGGAUCAUUAUUUUAUAUAAGCGCUACAAGCAUGGCUGUCCAGGUGGAUUACAAAAAUACUGUUGGAUUAGAAGCCUUUGCCAAAAUAGCUCCUGCUUGCCCUGCUAUAGCCGAUUCAAUCACCGUCCACAACCUUUUUGAUGCACUCACUAGUUCUUCAGGCGGGCAACUUCAUUUGCUGAUAUAUGACAAGUAUCUGAAAUGCCUAAAUAAGGUGUUCAAUUCUGCAAGAUGUUUCAAAGGGCCAGCAUCAAUUUCGUCUCUUCAUCUCGCUCAUGAAGAAAUUAUAUUAGAUUUUCAUGGCACAAUGCCCACUAAUUUAGUACUGCAACAUAUUGGAAUGUCCACAUCACCUGGAAGGUUAACAUUGACCAGCCAUGCCCUUUACUUCGAGCGAUUUGGGGUUGGCUCAUAUGACAAAGCUAUUAGGUAUGACUUGGCAACAGAUUUAAAGCAAGUGGUGAAACGUGAACUGACUGGGCCAUGGGGCGCGCAUCUCUUUGAUAAUGCUGUGAUGUACAAAGCAAGUUCUCUAACAGAACCAAUCUUUUUUGAGUUUCCUCAAAUCAUUGGGCAUUCAAGGAGAGAUUACUGGCUUGCAAUCGUCCGGGAAGUUUUAUAUGCUCAUAGAUUUGUUAGGAAAUUCAAUCUGAAACAUUUUCAAAGGGAAGAAGCUCUUUCAAUGGCUAUUUUAGGCAUCUUCAGGUUUCAUGUUAUGAAAGAUAAAUUCCAUGUCAUUCCCACGGAAUUUAGGACUACACUCCUGUUUAACUUAGCAGAAAAACUUCCAAAAGGUGACAAUAUAUUAGAAGCUUUAUAUAAUCAUUUGGAACUUCUGCUUGCUCGAUCUCAUGACUAUGAUGCCUUUGAGGAUUCAUCUAUCGAAAGGAUGCACAAUUGCCCAUUCCCUUUCACUCUGUAUGCACUUAAAAAACUGGGAUUUACAUUGUUGCCAAAUGAACAUUGGCAUGAAGAUAUAGAGAUUUUGCAAGGGGAUGUUCAUGUUGGUGAGACAAGUUCAUUACGAAAGGCAGUUAUAAAAACGAUAUGCUAUUCUGGUAGGGCUGAGGCAGCACAAGCAACAUUGGAUCAGGUUAAAGUGGAAGAUAUUGAUACAAAAUUAUCUUUGAUCAAGGAGUUGCUUUUUCCAGUGGUUGAAUUUGGCAAAUGGCUCUAUUCUUUAACAGAAUGGCAUGAUAACUUAAAGUCAACAUUGUUUUUGCUUUUGAUCUUGUAUAUUAUGUACAGAGGUUGGAUAUGGUACAUGUGGCCCGGCGUUUUAUUGUCCCUCUCAUUUGUUAUGCUGUGGAACAAGUGUUACAGAAAGGGGCGACAAAUUGAACCAUUUAAAAUCACAAUACCUCCUAAUAGAAGCACCAUUGAGCUACUUCUGACACUACAAGAAACUAUUUCCCAGUUAGAAGCAUGUGUCCAAACAGGAUGUAUAGUUCUUCUCAAGCUGAGAGCUAUUCUCCUCGCAGCAUUUCCUCAGACCACCAAUAAAGUUGCAUAUACGUUGAUACCCAUUGCUGUAAUAUUCAUCUUUGUGCCUUUGAGGUACUUGGUCAUGAUACUGCUUCUUGAAUUUUAUACCAGAGAGAUGCCAAUGAGGAAAAGAAGCAGUGAGAAGUUGAUCAGAAGACUAAGAGAAUGGUGGGUACGCAUUCCUGCAGCUCCUGUUCAGCUUAUCAAACCUCAGUGAAGGAGAAGAGAACUCCUUAAAUAGCUUUUCUUUGCUAGAUUUUUUUUAUAAUUUUGCUUACCAUUUUUAAACAACUGUAGGCAGUGCUUUUUUUAUCAAUUUGUACAUGAGUGAUGAGCAAUUGCAGAACUAAAGAAGAUCAAUAAUGAAUGUGUAUAUGCUCUUUUAGAGA